AGCGUGGCGCGCAGGACCUGGCCGAGCGAGCGCGGAGUGCAGUGCGCAGGGAGAGCGCGGUGCCGCCCGAGGUCUCUGAGCCGCACGCCAUGGCUGGCCCGCAGCAGCAGCCCCCUUACCUGCACCUGGCCGAGCUGACGGCGUCCCAGUUCCUGGAGAUCUGGAAGCACUUUGACGCAGACGGAAAUGGGUAUAUUGAAGGUAAAGAACUAGAAAACUUCUUCCAAGAGCUGGAGAAGACAAGAAAAGUCUCUGGCAUGACGUCCAAGAGUGACAACUUGGGGGAGAAGAUGAAGGCAUUCAUGCAGAAGUAUGACAAGAACUCGGAUGGGAAAAUCGAGAUGGCGGAGCUGGCGCAGAUCCUGCCCACCGAGGAGAGCUUCCUGCUCUGCUUCCGGCAGCACGUGGGCUCCAGCGCGGAGUUCAUGGAGGCUUGGCGGAAGUACGACACAGACAGAAGCGGCUACAUUGAAGCCAACGAGCUCAAGGGAUUCCUGUCGGACCUGCUGAAGAAGGCCAACCGGCCGUGUGAUGAGCCCAAGCUCCAGGAGUACACCCAAACCAUACUGCGGAUGUUUGACUUGAAUGGCGAUGGCAAACUGGGCCUCUCGGAGAUGUCCCGACUCUUGCCUGUACAGGAAAACUUCCUGCUUAAAUUCCAGGGCAUGAAGCUGUCCUCAGAGGAGUUCAACGCCAUCUUCACAUUUUACGACAAGGACGGCAGCGGCUACAUUGACGAGGAGGAGCUGGAUGCCCUUCUCAAGGACCUGUACGAGAAAAACAAGAAGGAGAUGAACAUCCGAGAGCUCACCAACUACAGGAAGAGCGUCAUGUCCUUGGCCGAGGCGGGGAAGCUCUACCGCAAGGACCUGGAGAUCGUCCUCUGCAGCGAGGCCCCCCUGUAGAGGGGCCACCGAGGCGGCCUCUCCUCCCCCCAGACCCUGCCCCGCGGCCCUGACACCCCUCCCCCGACCCCGGGAUCUUGGGCGCUCCUCCCCACGCCCCUGCCACCUGCAGAGCAGGAAAGGAGAGACGAGGACGGGCAGCUGACAGGCCCCCCCCGGAGCCCCCCUCCAGCCCAGCCCUGGCCUGACCGGCUCGGCUCUGCCUGCAGGGGGCACCAACCAAGCCUGGGAGGUGGGCAGGGCGCGGUGGGGGGGGGGGGGGGGUUCCCCGGCUUCUCUUCGCUGUGAUGCAUGAGCGCAUUUGCUGUGUAAUUUAGGCUUCUGUGUCCAGCUGGGUGGGCCCUUCCCUCCUGCUCCCGGCGCCUCCCCGCAGGCCACCGCCCGCCCCACACUUGCUGAUGGUGUAGCUGUCCCCUCAGAGCGCCCGUGUGCGGAGGGCACCGCCCCUCCCCCGUCUUCUCCGCUCAGCAUGCUCCUCCCUCCGGGCUUCUUGUCGUCUUGUUUACCAAAGAAGAGUUUACAGUCAAUAAAGUGGAAGCGUC